CCUACGCUAACCCACACACCACGACGAGCCACACUACACAAACACACACGAUCAUUAGUUACCUUGGCUGCUCCAGCAAUGGCAGUGAUGGUGGAGAUCACGCAGAGCAUGGUGCUCGAGCCCUCAAAGGAGUCGGCCCGCGGCGGUGGGAAGAAGGUGCCUCUCAUCGUCUUUGACCGCGCCUCAACCGACGGCUACAUCCCCGCCGUCUUCGCGUGGAACGCACCGGCGCCAACCAACGCCGCGCUCAAGGCCGGCCUCGUCGCCGCCGUCGCCAGGUUUCCACACCUCGCCGGGAGGUUCGCUGCCGACGACCACGGCCGGAAGUGCUUCCACCUCAACGACGCCGGGGUGCUUGUUGUUGAGGCCACCGCGGACGCGGACCUUGCUGACGCGCUGGCGCACGACGUGUCCGCGCACAUCAACGAGCUCUACCCAAAGGCCGAAAAGGAACGUGCGAACGAACCCAUCUUCCAGGCGCAGCUGACGAGGUACGCGUGCGGCGGUCUGGUGAUCGGCACCGCCUGCCAUCACCAGGUUGCCGACGGCCAGUCCAUGAGCGUCUUCUACACCGCGUGGGCCAGCGCCGUCCGCACUGACUCGGCAGUCCUCCCGUCCCCUUUCGUCGACCGAUCGGCCACCGUUGUCCCCCGAAGCCCACCGAAGCCGGCGUAUGAUCACCGGAACAUCGAGUUCAAGGGCGAGCUCAGCUGGAGCCACUCCUAUGGUGUGCUCCCCAUGGACAGGAUCAAGAACCUGGCCGUGCACUUCCCAGACGAGUUCGUCGCCGACCUCAAGGCCCGUGUUGGUACGCGCUGCAGCACGUUCCAGUGCCUCCUUGCGCACGCGUGGAAGAAGAUCACGGCGGCGCGGGAUCUGGCGCCGGAUGAUUUCACGCAGGUGAGGGUGGCCGUCAACUGCCGCGGCCGCGCAAAGCCUCCCGUGCCCAUGGACUUCUUCGGGAACAUGGUGCUCUGGGCGUUCCCCAGGAUGCAGGUCCGGGACCUCCUGUCCAGCAGUUACCCAGCGGUGGUCGGCGCCAUCCGGGACGCCGUCGCGCUUGUCGAUGACGAGUACAUCCAGUCGUUUAUCGACUUCGGGGAGGCGGAGCGCGGCGUUAUUGAAGACGGCGGCGAGGAGCUAGCGUCGACGGCGGCGACGCCGGGCACAAUGUUUUGCCCUGACCUGGAGGUUGACAGCUGGCUCGGGUUCCGCUUCCACGACCUCGACUUCGGCUGCGGGCCGCCCUGCGCGUUCCUACCGCCGGACUUGCCCAUCGAAGGAAUAAUGAUCUUCGUGCCGUCCUGCGACCCCAAGGGCGGUGUCGACCUAUUCAUGGCGCUCGACGACGAACACGUCCAGGCAUUCAAGCAGAUCUGCUACUCAAUGGACUAAUCAUGCAUGCAACGCAUAAUACAAGUAUAUACAGUAGCGGAGACAGGACCAGGGCAGUUGGGGUUCUAGCUCUAACCUAGAAACAAUAAUUUUUGUAAUCCCUUCUAAAAAAAUACUCUAGAAACAAUAGAGUAAAAAGUUAACGUCUUCUAAGUCAAUCUUUCAAGACAACUUGUCUUUUUUUAUCGUGUAAAUUAAUGUGUAUUUUCCUCUCUCAUGCAUAUCAAGUCAAGGAUCUCACUUAUGCA